AUGGGAAUGAGCCUUGCGCAGGCGGUGACGGCGCUGAUGGGCACGUGCGCGCGCCGCCUGUCGCGGGCGGCGAGGCGACUGCACCUGCGGCCGCUGCAGGGGCUCGCAGCGUCCUUCUCGUCAUCACACACCAUCGUGCCGUUCCUCGGCGGCGGCGGCGGAGCCAUCAGGAAGGCCAGGUCGUCGAAGAGAAGGAGAGGUGAAGAAGAAGAUGAGCUGAGCUUCGAGGCAGAGGACGGAGUGUGGAGGAAGGAGAUUAUGAUGGGGGAGCGGUGCCAGCCGCUGGACUUCUCCGGGGCUAUCUACUACGACGCCGAGGGCCGCCGCCUCGAGCAGCCGCCGACCCCGCGCUCGCCGCUUCGCAGCCCGCUGCCGGCGUCCGUCAUGCUCACGGCAAACGCCGGAGGGCACUAG